UGUAGUAGUUGGAGGAAGUUUGGAUGCAUUUGUUACCUGAGGACGCGGCGGUUUGUGUUACGGUAGCGUCACCUGUGCGGCUUCAGCAGCAGCGAUGAGCUCCUCGGCUGAUCUGGAGCAGCUGGCAGAAGUCGAGCUGCAGGAAGAGGAAGACAGGAGUGUCCCAGAUGCUCCCUCGGCUCCUCCAAUCAGUGCGCUAAGUCCCGACCCCUCCCACCCGUACUACGAUGUGGCCCGACACGGCAUCAUCCAGGUCUCAGGAGACGACCACUACGGCAGGAAGCUGAUCGUCUUCAGCAGCUGCUGCCUGCCGCCGUCGCACCAGCUGAACCACCACCGCCUGCUAGAGUACCUGAAGUUCACGUUGGACCAGUACGUGGAGAUGGACUACAUCCUGGUCUACUUCCAUUACGGUCUGAGGAGCAGCAACAAGCCGUCUCUGAAGUGGUUACGAGAAGCUUACAGCGAGUUCGACAGGAAGUACAAGAAGAACCUGAAGGCUCUGUAUGUCGUCCAUCCGACAAACUUCAUUCGAAUCGUCUGGAACAUUUUCAAACCUCUGAUCAGUCACAAGUUUGGGAAGAAGCUGACGUAUGUGAAUUACCUGGCUGAGCUUCAGGAUCACCUGAACUACAAGCAGUUCUUCAUCCCUCCAGAUGUGCUCAGACACGAUGAGGAGCUGCGAGCGGCUCAGAAGGGAGGACCCCCUCCCUCGGUGAAAACACCCCCACCACGCCCCCCCCUGCCCACUCAGCAGUUUGGCGUCAGUCUGCAUUACAUCAGAGAGAAGAACCGAGAGGCCAUCAUCCCACCUGUGAUUGCCCAGACUGUCACCUACCUGAAGGACAAAGGGCUGAGGACCGAGGGGCUCUUCAGGCGUUCAGCUCGUGUUCAGCUCAUCAAGGAAGUUCAGAAACUCUACAACCUGGGGAAGCCAGUGAGCUUUGAGCAGAUCGGCGAUGUUCACGUUCCUGCUGUGAUCCUGAAGACGUUUCUCAGGGAGCUUCCUGAGCCGCUGCUCACCUUCAGAGUCUACAACCAGGUCCAGGAGCUCCUCCAUGUGGAGAGCAGCCUGAGGGUGAGCCGGUGUAAACAGAUCAUGGAGAGUCUUCCUGAACAUAAUUUCAUUGUGGCGAAAUACCUGCUGUGCUUCCUGCACCAGGUGUCUCAGGAGAGCAUCAUCAACAAAAUGUCACCGUCUAACUUGGCGUGCGUUUUCGGCGUGAACCUGGUCUGGCCUCGUCACGGUUCCAUCUCCCUGUCCGCUCUGACCCCUAUCAACAUCUUCACAGAGAUCCUCAUCGAGCACUUCCACACCGUGUUCGGCUCCCGCCACCCACCUGCACAGGUGAUGCCCUGAAGGACGUCUGCAGCGGACUCUUUUUAUCUUUAUCAUUUUUAAAAGGUCAAAAAUCUGUGAGGUGAAAUUCUGACAAACUGACUGAGGACAAAUCUUCAUGAUUGGACUCAGAGUUUGUCCUCAGGCUGAUGGUGAUGGUACAGGUUUUAUUUAUACUUCCUGUUUAAGUGUCUCUUCUUUAAUGCAGUAACAACACUGGAGCCACUCUGAUUGGACAAGACGCAGGAAUUUGUUUUUAUAUUUGUGAUAUUUUGCUUGUCAUCUCAGAGUGCAGAUUUAUAACAAGUUUAGUUUUUUUUUCUCAGUCCGUGUUUUUGUAAUAACCUUAAACCCUCAGAGAGCAUCAUCUUCAUCACUUUUACUACGAUUUGCACAAACAGAAGUUUUUCUAUUGAAGUUACAGUAAAGACCUGAUAGAAGAUGUUCUGGCUCACAGAUGUAACUUAUGUAA